AGUCAUCGAUUUAAAAGGGGAAAAAUGGAGAGCACUCGGGUUUCGGCAAGGAGAGCGGCAGCCAGGAAAGAUAGUGGCUACAGACAGCGGCAAGGAUAUAGGAACAGGUUUGUAGAUUACAGUUCACAGUUUUCUGGAAGGACAUCAACUUUCUUCUUUUAUAACUUCCCAAAGGAAUUAGAGGCAAAAUUUCUAUGGAAUAGCUUUCAGAUGUAUGGUAAAGUCGUUGAUGUGUAUAUUCCGAGUAAACGUGAUAAGAGAGGGAAGAGGUAUGGUUUUGUGCGACUGUCAGGGGUCAAGAAUGAGAUUCAAAUGGAAAGGAGGCUAAAUGAGAUGUGGAUUGGCUCAUAUAAGAUGAGAGUGAAGGUUGCAAAUGACAGACAAAGGAAAUCAUCAUCGUCCAGGAAGGUACAAGGUGCGCUUAAAGUCAGUGGAUCAACAAGCAACAUGAAUAGGUUGGUUCAACCAGGGCAGUCAUAUGCUCAAGCAGUGAAGGGCAAAGGAAAGAGAGAGGAUAAGGUUUCAGAACAAUCACAGGAAAAGGUAAAAAAAGAAGCCUCGAAAAUGGAAGUGGUCAAAACAAGGUUACAAGAGAAUAAGGAAGCAGAAAAAACAGAGAAGACUAUUGAAUUCAUCCCAUCGGGUGAUGAGCUGAAAUGGCUUGAGGGUGGCAUGGUGGCAGUGGUGAGGUCAAUGGCGUUGGUAUCUGAGAUUCAAGAGCAAAUGGAUGCAGAUGGAGGCUCAAUCUCGUUAUCACCAAUUGGGGGAAGACGGGUGCUACUAACUGAGAAAGUUGCAGGGUUCUUAUCUGAUUAUAUGAAGCAUAAUGAGGAGUUGUUUGGUAUGUGGUUUGAGUCUAUAACUCCAUGGGAGAAGGCACCAGAGGAGAAAAGUCGAAUGAUGUGGGUACGUAUAUCGGGUGUGCCAUUAAAAGCAUGGGGAGAGAGGUGCUUUCAGAAGAUCAGUGAGACAAUGGGAGAAGUUUUGCUUGUGCACAAGGACACAAAGAAGAAAGCAAUAUUAUGGGAUGGAAGAGUUCUGAUCCUUUGCUCAGAGCCUAGUAAAAUCUCUAAACAAGUUAAGCUGAAGGUGGGUGAGCAGGUGUAUGAGAUAGAGAUAGUUGAAGAGGAGUGGCGCUCUGAUCCAUAUUGGUGGUUAUCGGAGAAUGACCGGAGAAGCAACCUGGAAACGGAGUCUAAGUUCUCAAACUCGUGGUGUCAGAACGAGGAUCCGGAAAUGGAUAUGGAUGUGAUUGGCGACGGUGAGGAUGUAAGAAACGGUUCCGAGCAUUUAAUGAAGGAUUUGGUGUCAAAUUCAAAUCUGAAGAUAGCAACAGAAACAGAGAGUUGUAUUCAAAUUGUGCAAGAGACCGUUUUGGAAAGAGAUGUAAGCUAUGGGCUGUCCAAGGAGAUUGGGUCACAAAGAGUGAGUUUUGUUGGGCCAGUAGAAGGUAGUGGGCCGACUAUCAGGAUGGGUUGGGAACAGACAAAGGAAAUGAACAUGGAGGAACCCAUUUUAAAUGAACAAAUAGCGGUGGACCCAUCGGCAAUGCAGAAAUCGAUAAACACAACAAAGGGCAGCAAAAAACAGAGACCUCUUCAAGAGUGUUAUCUGGAGAGCAUGGAGGAGAUCUGGGCAAAAGGAGCACCGUGGAGGGAGUUGAAUAUGCAUGAGGUGCGUCGGAUGAUGGGGGUGGGGAAGAGAUUGGGUCUUAAAUUUGAAAAUAAUGAGGAGGAGAUUCAAUCAAAGUUACUAGAGGCAAUAGAUCGUGAAGGGGCAGAGAGGAGGGAUGCGAAAAGGAGGGGCUUGGGUGGGACGCUGAAAAAGAAGGAAGUGAGAAGGCUGGUUCAAGAGGAGAAGCCCGAUUUUCUAUUCCUGCAGGAAACAAAGUUAGAAAAAGUUGAUAUAGGCAUAUGUAGAAAGUUGUGGAAUUCAGAUGAGUUUGAUUGGGUUGCGAAGGGUUCUUCCGGAGCUUCAAGUUUACUAUGUAUGUGGGAUAGUCGACAGUUUGUUAAGAGGGAAGAUUUUUCUGGUGAUGGAUUCGUGGGAGUGGCAGGGGAAUGGGGAGCAAAUAAAAGGCAGUAUUUUUUAAUCAACGUCUAUGGUCCUAAUGAUAGACAGAAGAAGGCUAGUUUGUGGGAGGAACUGAGGAAAAUGGUGACAGACAAGGAAUGGUGUUGGUUGAUAGUAGGGGACUUUAAUGCAGUCAGAGGGCCGGAGGAGAGACGAGGUAGAACAGGAGAGAGCCCAGACAUGAAGGAAUUUGAUGAGUUUAUUGUGACAACUGAUUUGGUGGAUGUUAAAUUGUCGAAUAGAAGUUAUACAUGGUAUAAACCAGAUGGCACAGCAAGGAGUAGAUUGGACAUAUUCCUAUUGAGUUCGGAGAUGAGUAAUAUGGAAGGAGAAAUAACAGAUUGGGGACCAAGACCCUUUCGAGUUUUGGAUGCAUGGCAACAACACCCUGAUUUUAAGAAGUUUGUAGAAGAUAAAUGGAGUGAGAUGGAGGUGGAGGGUUUUGCAGGGUAUAAGUGCCAGCAAAAGCUGAAAAUGCUAAAAGGUUUUCUAAAGGGCUGGAACAAGGAAGUCUUUGGGAAUAUGGAGGCUCAAUAUGAGCAAGCUAUAAAAAAGAUUGAGCAAGUUGAUAUGCAGAACGAGAUAUCUGAUCUGGAAGAGGCUGAGAUUGUGAAAAGGCAAGAAGGUUUUUCUGAGAUGUGGGAUGUUUUGAGAAAGAAGGAACUUAUCUGGAAGCAGAAGUCAAGGAGUAAAUGGGUGCAUGAGGGAGAUCCAAAUACUCGUUUUUUUCAUAGAGUUGCAAAAGGAAGAAGAGCACAGAACAAUAUUGCGGGACUAAUGUGUGAUGGAGCAUGGAUUGAUGAUCCAGAUUUAGUAAAAAAUGAGAUAGUCAGAUAUUUUAGAAGCUUGUUUCAAGGAGAGUCAUGGAAUAGACCCAAGCCUGGGGAUAUUAAAUUCCAGCAGUUAUCCGAGGAGAAAAAAGAUUGGCUGGAAAGACCAUUUUCAAUUGAAGAAAUAGAGGAAGGCUUAAGGAGCUGUGAAGGUUCAAAGGCACCAGGACCUGAUGGAUUGAAGUCUGUGAUAUCAGAAAUAGUGAGUGAAACACAAUCUGCCUUUGUGGGGGGCCGUCAGUUGGUGGAUAGUGUCUUGGUGCUGAAUGAAGUUGUGGAUGAAAUUAAGAAGAAGAAACAGCCAGCUUUUGUUUUUAAAGUUGACUUCGAAAAGGCAUAUGAUUGCGUAGAUUGGUCCUUUUUGGAUUGGAUGAUGGAGAGUUUUGGAUUUGGAAUAAAGUGGAGAGGCUGGAUUAAGGAAUGCCUUUCAACGGCGAGAAUCUCGAUUCUGGUAAACGGAAGCCCGACAAAGGAAUUUGAGAGAGCAGUAAAGGAGGGAAUGAUACAUGGGAUUGAGAUUGGAAAGAAAGGUUUGUCCGUGUCGUUGCUCCAAUUCGCUGAUGAUACAGUUAUUAUGGGCAGAGUGGAUGCUGAGAAUAUACGUACGGUGAAGGACAUCCUAAAAUUGUUUGAGCUUAUGUCGGGAUUGCGGAUUAAUUUCAGCAAAAGCAGUAUUUUUGGUUAUAAUGUGUCGGAGAAAUGGCUAAAAGGAUCAGUGGGUAUGUUACACUGCAGGCGUUGGCGGGUGGAGUGGAGGAGGGGUACAUUAGGGCGAGAGAAAGAUGAGGAGGAGCUGUUGGAGAAGAUGCUGGAAGGUGUCAAACUAAAGGAUGGGGUAGCGGAUGUUUGGAAGUGGGUUCAUGUGUUGGAUGGCAAAUAUGGGGUGAAGCUAGCGUAUGAUUUUUUAGCUUCUACGGAGAGUGUGUUGGAGGACCAGUUAUGCAAAUUAAUAAGGUGCAGAUUGGUGCCAUCCAAAGUGGCUUUUUUUGGGUGGCGAUUGUGCUUAGAUAGACUCCCUACAAAGGAAAACUUGGAAAAACGUGGGAUAUUGCUACAGGAGGGGGUGCUAUGCGAAUUUUGUAAUGGGAAGGCGGAGGAAGUUAAUCAUUUAUUUUGUUUAUGUUAUAAUGCAUGGUUAGCUUGGACUCAGGUGUUGAGUUGGUGGGGUUUGAAGUCUGUUUUGCCUAACACAGUAGGGGGAAUGGCAGAGGUUUUCAUGGGUAGUUUGGGAAGCAUAGCUGGAAAGGAGAUGGGUUCAUGUAUUUUCCUAGUGGUUGCCUGGUACUUAUGGUAUAGACGGAAUGUUCAAGUGUUUCGAAAAGACGAAGGACUACCAGAAAAUCUGCUGGAAAGGAUGCAAGUUAAAACAUUUAUAUGGAUAAAAUCCAAAGUUAAUGGAUGUGUUUUUUCUUUUUACGAAUGGCAAGCUUGUCCUAUGGAGUGUGCUAUGGCUGUCAAAAAUCAUAAAAAGUCGAGGAAGCAGUUCUAUAAAGCUCGCGUGCCCUCUAGUUGAUGGAUAGGCGGGGAUGUUUUGUCUUCAAAUGUGGAGUAUUUGGGCACCUGACGUUUUCUGUUUGUGAUAUGUAAGCUUUGUCAAUCUCUGGUUUUUUGGAGAUUGGCUCUCCACUGUUGUGGUCUCCAUUUUUUGUAUAUGGGCAGGAGCACCCCUUGUGCUUCACUAUAUUAAAUUAAAUUUUCUUUG